UCAAAAACACUUUUUAAACUGUCUCCUUUCUUUUCUCUUCUCUUCCCCCAUACAUCCCUUUCACAACUCAUCAGCAUUUCCCUUCCCCCAACAUUCCUCCUCCAUUGAUGCUGCUUCUUCUUAUUGUUGUUUUUGUUCUGUAUCUCCAUUCUUCAUCUUCUUUCUUAUGCUCAUAUGCAAGAUCCAGCAGACACCUCCUCCCUACAGAGCUCAAGGUACUUUGCCUAUGUUUCAUCUCUCCAGCAGGAAACCCACCUGGUACCAAAAAGCCCUAAACAUGGCUUCUCAUUGGAGAGUCAUUCCAAGGUCCCAAGAGAUUACUUCCACUCCAAGAUUGUGGAGAUCUCCCACUACAAAAUCAUCCAAAGAACUUUUCCCUACAACCAACCUCAAUAACACCAACAACCCUAGCAAAGGAAUUAACAAGCUAAGAAAGUGCACAUCCAUGAGAGUUGCAACCUCAUUCACUAGGGUUUGUCUCUGUGCACCCAUCUCGUCUUACAACGAAGUGUUUCGGGCUGAUUUCCCACCGAGGAGAAGCAACAGUUACCCUAGAUCAUCAAAAACGUUUCUCGUCCCGCAAGAAAGAAUGAUAGCGCAACCGAAUCCUGCCAGGCUUAGCACGGAAGGUAGGAGGUCGUUUUUUAGGGGGCAAUCUUUGAAUGACGAUGUGCUUAUGAGGAGAUUUGUGCUCGAAGAAGAAGCAAUGAUGGAGGUUAGGAGAAGGACAAAUCAAAUGGAGAUUAUUAGGAGGAGGAGUAGUGUGAUGAUGAGGAAGAAGAAGCUCGCGCCUAGUCGUCUUAGCCAAAUGGUGAUUGCUGAGGUGGAUCAUGAGACCAUUCAAUAUUGAGUUUGAUUAUAGCUUAAUUUUUUAGACAAGUUAAGUUUAAUUAUAACUUGAUUAUAAAUUUUGUUGGUCGUUUUGCAAUAAAAUGUUGCAAUGUUUAGGGUUUAGGGCAUUGUUGUUGUGGAUUAUCUAAAAUUUCCAAAGGGAAGAUCUCAAAUUGGAGUGCAAACCAGAGACAUUAGCAAGUAAAACUGUCAAUGUACUCUCAUAGUCUCUCUCAUCUAGUAGACUCUUCAUCUACAAGCAAAGCAUGAGUUUAUUUCCUUCCAACA